CCUCAAUCUGCCUGUCAACUGUUCUUCCUCAGCCAUCAGGAUGAGUAGCACUGAGGUCUCCGUCGACAAGGCUGAGACGGGCGUCAAGCCCUCAGCGCAACCCGCCAGCGUCUCGUUUUUCGAUCCUGCCUUAUCGCAGGUCCGACGUCAUGUUUUUCUGCAAUGGGGGAAGACCGUGUUAAUCCUCUGUACCUUCAUUCUGGGAAUCCUGUCGCUUUUCUGGGCCGUGCAGUACAAGCUCGAGACGCGAUUCCACAAACUAACUGUCUGGGUGGUCGACUUCGACGGGCAAGUCGAGCCCUAUCGCAACACGGCCCCCGUCGUGGGCCCGGCCGUGGUCAAUGUGAUCGAGGACAUCCAGCAGACCAACUCCGAAGCAUUAGGGUACACGAUCAAGGCGCCAGCCGACUUUAACAAUGACCCUUGGGCGGUGCGCCAGAGCAUCUACGAUGAACACGCCUACGCCGCCAUCAUCAUCAACGCCAACGCGACCGCCCUCCUCCGCAGCGCUGUGACAACGGGCAACACCUCGUACGACCCGCUGGGGGCUGCGGAAUUCGUGAUCAUCAGCGCGCGCGACGAAGCGACAUACUACAACUACAUUUUGCCGCAAUUCUGGAGCGUAGACCAAGCGGUGCGCAGCGCAUUCGGGCCGCGCUGGAUCCAGAACCUCACCAGCAGUUCCGCCAAUCUCAACCUCAGCGCGGUCCCGGCACAAGCACUCAACCCAGCGAUCGGGUUCACGCAAACGGACCUGCGCUUCUUCGGACCAGCGGUGAUCUCACCAGCGACGAGCAUCGGACUAAUCUACCUGAUCAUCUUAGCAUUCUUCAACACGCCAUUCAUGAUGCCCGUGCAUCUGCAGUUCAUCAAGACGCCCGCGGAUAAGCCGGCGCUGAAGAUCCCGCAGUGGCUGCUGUGGCGCAUCUGCUCGAACAUCGGCACGUACUUCACGCUAUCGCUCUUCUACAGCUUCGUGUCGCUGGCGUUCCAGAUCCCCUUCUCCAACCCGCCCGCCUCGCCCGUGGAACCGGCCACAAACCCCAACGCCUACGGCCACGGCUCCUUCGUCGUCUACUGGAUGCUGAACUGGGUCGGCAUGUGCGCCCUCGGCUUCCCCUGCGAGAACAUGGCCAUGAUCAUCGGGUUCCCCUGGAGCGCGCUGUUCCUGAUCUUCUGGGUGAUCACCAAUGUCGCGACGGGUUUUUAUGCCAUUGAUUUGGCCCCUGGCUUCUUUCGCUGGGGCUAUGUUUGGCCGUUGCAUCGGAUCGUCGAAGCCCUCCGCACAAUCCUCUUCGACACGCACUCCCGCAUCGGUCUGGACUUCGGGGUCUUGUUCGUGUGGAUCGCGGUGUCGAUUGCGUUGUUCCCGUUUGCGGCGAAGUUUAUGCAGUGGAAGCAGAAGAGAGGAUGGGCUUGAUACUUUCUCCACUUGGAACUUAUCGUUAGAGACUAUGGGGAGGGUUAGACUAGAUUAGAUUUCUUUUUUUCUCUUCAUGGAUAGAAUCUGCAUGGAAGUUUGUGUAUGUACAGGAUUUAAUCAAUUUCAAGUUUGGAAGUGUUGAUGUG